UGGAAACGGCUUGUUACUACCAUUAAAAAUGAAGACACCGUCUUUUCCGUUUAACCUCGGUGUCUUGUAACAUACGGCAGAGUGGAGUCGCAGCAGUUUGGACUUUUAUCAACAUUACACUGGUUACAAGUAAAAGGAAUGAUGAAAGGAAGCAAUAAGGAAAUGAGAAACGCCACCGAGGACAAAGCCUACCCCCUAAAUAUAAAUAGGUCACCAGACACCGGCACAGCUGGGGCUUACCAGUCACCCUCCGUUGUCCGAGGAGAAGAAGCCAGCCCCGGGCCUCAACCUGGGACUACUGCUAAUAAGGAAAAUGCAGUCAAGCCAACUCUCCAGAUAACCUUCAGCACAUUCACUGUCAAGAAUGGCGGCGAGCUAAAAGUUGAAAUCCCAGUGUUUGGGCAGGGGCCGUUGAAAUCUGAAUGGAAAAAAGAUGGUAAUGCAGUUAAAGAGACGUCAAGACUUGAAGUUUCUGCCACACCCUCAUCGACAGUCCUGCACAUAAGACAUGCUGCAAGGGAGCAUGCUGGUCAAUAUUCCAUCAGAGUGAGCAAUAGUGCAGGGAACGUUUCAGGAGAAAUAACUGUUGUUGUUCUUGAAAAGCCCGACCCACCCACAGGACCAAUAAGGAUUGUUGAUGUCAGCUCUGACUGUGUGACCAUCUCCUGGGAGCCACCUGAAUACUUAGGAGGCUGUCAGCUGGAUAACUACGUAGUGGAGAAACGUGAAACUUCAAGUACUAAUUGGCAGACCGUGUCCGCAACAACAGUUAGAACCACAAUUAAAGUCACCAAGCUGAAGACAGGUAGUGAAUACCAGUUCAGAGUGUUUGCAGAAAACAGGUACGGAAAAAGUACUGCAAUCACAUCUCCUAUUGUAAUUGCACAGUAUCCAUUCAGCGUACCUGCUGCUCCUGGCACUCCUUUUGUGUCUACAGUCACAAAAUACAGCAUGAUUGUUGAAUGGGAGCCCCCGGCCAAAGAUGGUGGCAGUCCGAUUGUUGGCUAUCACCUCGAGCAGAAGGAGAAAAAUAGCAUUUUAUGGACAAAGUCAAACAAGUUUGUGUUACCUGAUGCCCGAUUCAAAGCGAUGGGACUGGAAGAAGGGAUCAUGUAUGAAUUCAGGGUCUUUGCUGAGAACCUUGCAGGACUCAGUCCAUCAAGCAAGAUAUCAGAGGGUCAUGUAGCAAGAGACCCCUGUCAUCCACCUGGUAAGCCCGAAGCUGUAGUCAUUACAAGAGAGAACAUCACAUUGAGGUGGAACAAACCCCAGUUUGAUGGUGGAAGCACCAUCACAGGAUAUGUUGUUGAAAAGAAGGACCUUCCUGAUGGCAGAUGGAUGAAGGCAAACUUCACUAAUGUUAUUGAAGAACAGUUUACAGUCACUGGUCUCACUGGGGGCCAAAGUUAUGAGUUCAGAGUAGCUGCUAAGAAUUGUGCCGGUGUUUGGAGCGCACCUUCGGAGAGCGUGACCAUCACUGCUCAGGAUGUCAUUGAAGGACCUACAGCAAUGGUUGAUCCUAAGUUCAAGAGCACAACUGUAGUUCAGGCAGGGGAGACGUUUGUUAUUGAUGCAGAUUACUUUGGAAAACCCCUCCCUCAAGUUUUGUGGCUUAAAGAUGGAAAAGAAAUUGACAAAGUUACACCAAGAACAGAAGUCAAAAACACCCUCACACACACCACGUUGACUGUGAGAGAGUGCACACGAGCCGAUGGGGGCCUGUUUGUUUUGACCCUAAUUAACAUGGGGGGAACUACAUCUGUGCCCGUAAAUGUUAAAGUCUUGGAUCGGCCUGGACCUCCGGAUGGCCCCCUACGGGUGAAGGUUGUUAGUGCUGAUAAGUGCAGUCUUCACUGGGGCCUUCCCUUGAAUGAUGGUGGUGCCUGUGUUUCCCACUAUAUCAUUCAAAAAAGAGAGACCAGUCGUGUGUCAUGGAGUGAAGUUGAGGAUCAUGUUGAAGCGCUCUCAUAUAAAGUAACAAAACUAGUGCCUGGAAAAGAAUACAUGUUCAGAAUUGCUGCUGUAAAUAAGUUUGGUGUUGGUGAGUUCUUGGAAUCAGACCCUGUCGUUGCUCAAAAUCCUUUCACAACACCAAGCGCUCCUUCCAUUCCCAUAGUAAGUGCAGUGACUGGCGACUCAAUAGCCCUAACAUGGGAAAGACCCGAGAGUAACGGAGGCUCUGAGAUAGAUGGCUACAUCCUGGAAAAACGUGACAAAGAGGGCGUCAGAUGGACUCGGUGUAACAAAAGAAGACUAAAUGAUUUACGUUUUCGCUGCACAGGACUCACAGAAGGCCAUUACUACCAGUUCAGAGUAAUGGCAGAAAAUGCUGCAGGUGCGGGAACACCCAGUGACCCGAGUGAGUACAUAAAGGUAUGUGAAGCUGCAUACCCUCCAGGUCCUCCUACCAAUCCUAAAGUGACUGAUCAUUCUGGCAGCACUGUUUGUCUGGCAUGGUCAAAGCCCAUUUAUGAUGGCGGAGCAGGCAUCAGUGGAUAUUUAGUCGAGAUGAAACAAACAGCAGAAGAUGAGUGGAUCACAUGCACACCAACCACAGGUAUAGAGAAAACAAAUUAUAUUGUUACAGGACUGAGAGAAAACGCUGAGUAUCAUUUUCGUAUACGUGCCAUCAAUACAUCUGGCCCUGGAGAGCACGUUGAUCUGCCCGGGUCAGUAAAGGCGGUUGAAAAACUAGAGGCACCGGAAAUUGAAUUGGACACCGCUUUGAGGAAGAUUGUAAAUGUUCGAGCUUGUUCCACAUUGCGGCUUUUUGUCAACAUCAAGGGUAAGCCAGAACCUGAAAUUAAAUGGACAAAGGAAGAAGGGACAAUCAGUAAGCGCGCUCAAAUUGAGGUAACAAGUUCCAACACAGAACUGUUGAUUGAAAAUGUAAAUAGAAAUGACACAGGGAAGUAUGUGUUGACUGCUACAAACUUCAGUGGCUCCAAAUCAGCAUUCAUUAAUGUCAGAGUGUUGGACUCUCCCAGCGCGCCAACAAAUCUGGAGGUGAAGGAUAUAAAAAGAGACUCUGUGGUUUUAUCCUGGGAGCCGCCUCUCAUUGAUGGUGGUGCAAAGAUAUUGCACUACAUCAUAGAGAAAAGGGAGGAGGCAAGAAAAGCGUUUACAAGUGCCUGUAGCACAUGUGUAAGGAACUCAUACAAGAUUGAAAAUCUUCAGGAAGGAUCCUUUUAUUGUUUCCGUGUCCUGGCUGUGAACGAGUUUGGAGCUGGACAACCAGUAGAAACAACCGAGGCUGUCAAAGUCUCUGAGGUGCCAUCUCCUCCUGGCAAGAUCACAGUUAGUGAUGUCACUUCACAAAGUGUGAGACUCCUUUGGGAAAAACCUGACCUUGAUGGAGGAAGCAAAAUCACAUGUUAUGUUGUGGAAAUGCAAACUGAGGGAGACGACACUUGGGCAGUAUGUUCAGAGAGUAAAGCACAAGAAGUGACCAUUACUGGGCUGACAACAGAAAAGAAACCGAAGUCUCUUUUGACACCUGUCACCAUCAAGGAUACUAGUGCUGGGCCUAUCAUUGCUCUGCUUUCAAAUACAUUCAGUGUUAAGGCGGGAAAUGAUCUGAAGAUUGAUGUUCCUUUCAAGGCUGUCCCAGUACCAACAGUAGUCUGGAAAAAAGAUGGUAACAUUCUGAAAGAGACUAGCAGAGUAAAUGUGCACACAUCAGAUACAUCAUCCCAGCUCAUUCUCAAGGAUGGAACUAAGAUGGAUGUGGGCCACUAUGAGGUGACUCUCACAAACUCUGCAGGAAACACAUCAGCUGAAAUUAUUGUAAAUGUUUUCGAGAGACCUGGACCCCCAAGUGAACUUAAUCUGGAUGAAGUCAGCGCUGACUUUGUUUCUUUGUCUUGGGGGCCACCAUUUUAUAAUGGAGGAUCUCAAAUCACUAAUUAUGUUGUUAAAAAGAGAGAUACGGGAAGUGCAGCGUGGCAGACUGUGUCAGCAACUGUGGCAAGAACAAACAUCAAAAUUUGCCGUCUGACUCAGGGUGUUGAAUAUCAGUUUUGUGUUGCAGCUGAGAAUCGCUAUGGCACUAGUCAGUACAUUGAAACAGAACCUGUUGUUGCCCAGUAUCCCUUCAACCCUCCUGGUUCACCAACCAAUGUUCGAGUUGUGCAGGCCUCAAAGUCUGCAGUGGUCGUUGCUUGGUGCAAACCAGAUAAUGAUGGUGGCAGUUGUAUCACUGGGUAUCAUAUUGAAAGUAAGGAUCAAAACAGCAUUCUGUGGACAAAGUUAAACAGGAGUCCAGUGACCGAGAAUCAGUUCAAAGUAACAAGUGUUGAAGAGGGUCUUGUGUAUGAAUUCAGGGUUUAUGCUGAGAACAUGGCAGGUGUUGGUCUCUGCAGCAACACAUCUGACUCAGUGGCAGCACGUGAUCAGUGUGAGCCUCCACAAAACCUCACAGUUACCAAUAUAACUAAUAGUUCAGUUUCCCUCUCAUGGGAUAAACCAGAAUAUGACGGUGGAGCUAAAAUAAUUGGGUACAUUGUUGAGCGGCAAGAGGAGCCAGGUAGUUGCUGGCUGAAGUGUAACUUUACCAACUUACUAGACACCUACCUGGAAGUGGCUGGGCUCACAGAAGGUGAGCAGUAUGUUUUUCGUGUUAUUGCAAAGAAUUCUGGUGAGCUUUUCAGUGCUCCAUCGGAAACCACAGGACCUAUUACAGUACAGCACGAUGUUGAGCCUCCCAAAAUUAUGCUGGAGGACAAACUUAAACAAGUGGUAGUUGUGAAAGCAGGAGAAUUUCUAAGACUAGAUGCUGAAAUCUCUGGUCGCCCCAACCCUACAGUGUUUUGGUUGAAGAAUGGUAGAAAUAUUGGCUCUAAAGGCAGAAUUGAGAUAACGGCGACACGUUCACACACAUCUCUGCUUAUCCGAGAAUGUGUUAGGAAGGAUUCUGGACAGUACACUCUGACCCUUCAGAACACAGCUGGGUCCACUUCUAAAAUUAUAACUUGUAAGGUCCUUGACAGACCGGGUCCACCGGCUGGGGCAUUAGGAGUGUCUGGACUCUCAGCAGAGAAAUGCACCCUGUCAUGGGGACCCCCACACGAGGACGGUGGUGCUGAGAUCAUGCACUAUAUUGUUGAGAAAUGCGAAACCAGUCGUGUUGCCUGGACACUGGUAUACAGUGAUAUGAUGGCAACUACUUGUAAGAUAACGAAGCUGCUCAAAGGAAAUGAAUACCUUUUCAGAGUGAGGGCAGUGAACAAAUAUGGGGAGGGUGAGAAUUUAGAAAGUGAGCCAGUCAGAGCCACAGAUCCCUUUACUCUUCCAUCACCUCCGAUGGAUGUCGAGGUCACAAGUGCAACCAGUGAAGCUAUGACAGUUUGUUGGAAGAGACCUACAUCAGAUGGUGGCAGCCGUAUCUGUGGCUACGUAGUUGAAAAAAGGGAAAAGCAGGGUGUUCGAUGGGUACGGGUAAAUAAAAAGCCAGUGUAUGACUUGAGAGUAAAAGCCACCGGUUUGCAUGAGGGAUGUGAGUAUGAAUUCAGAGUUUUUGCCGAGAACGCUGCUGGACUAAGUGAACCCAGUCUCCCUUGCCCGCUAACCUUGGCAGAGGAUCCAAAGUUUCUACCAUCCCCUCCUGCAAAACCCACCAUUGUUGACUCAACCCGGUCCUCUAUCACCCUCUCAUGGAACAAACCGCUGUUUGAUGGAGGAGCAACAGUCACAGGAUAUAAAGUAGAAUUCAGAAAAUUGACAGAAGAAGAUUGGACUGUUGCUAUUCACAACACAGAUACAACAGAGUUUACAGUGACAGGACUUACAUCUGGCACUGAGUAUGUUUUUGUUGUGAGAUCCAUUAAUAAGAUUGGUAUCAGUGACCCCAGUCCAGAAACCGAUCCUUAUGUUGCCACUGAACGAGAGGAAGUGCCCACAUUUGAUGUUAGCCCUGAGAUGAGGAAGAUGCUACUUGUUAAAGAAAGUAGCUCCUUCACUUUGACUGUUCCGUUUACAGGCAAACCUGUACCUACUGCAUUGUGGGAGAAAGCAGACGUUGAUCUAAGAGUCAGAGGUCUAAUCAACACUACCAGCUCUGCCACUUCUCUAACAGUAGAACGUGCAACCCGCGAAGACUCUGGCAAAUACACAGUCAAACUGCAAAAUGUUGUUGGAUCUGCCUCACUGACAUUAAGUGUAAGGGUUUUGGAUACUCCCGGACCACCAAGUCGAAUUGUAGUUAAGGAUGUGACCAAGAACUCUGCUACCGUUACCUGGGACAUCCCUGAGAAUGAGGGAGGAGCAGCUGUCAAGAACUACCUUGUGGAUAUACGGGACCUCAGUAGAUUAGGGUGGACAAGACUUGCAGAUAAAUGUCGCAAACUGUCCUACAAAGUGUCUGAUUUGGAGGAGGGAGGAAUCUACUUUUUUAGAGUGACUGGAGAAAAUGAGUAUGGUAUCGGUGUUCCAGCAGAGACCAGGGAAGGGACAAAAAUGACAGAUACAUUGGUUUUGGAAACAAAUCCAGGAGCUUAGCAUGUCAGGACCUGUGAAACUGAUCCUUCAUUCUGAUGCCUUAUUCUAAGAGAUCUUUAUGGUUUCAUAAUUUGACAGGGGUUUAUAAUUUUUUUAAGUGCCCUUUUAUAGAGGUUAUUACUUUUUAUAGACUUAAUAAUUGACAAUGCCGUAAAUCUCAUUUGAGUUUAGUUGUGGGAAAGAGAUGCAUGGAUUAAACCUUUUACUUAAAAAUGCACUUGCUUGAGAAAAACAUUGGUUUCUCCUAUGACAAUAAAGGUUUGUCAUGUUUUAUCAUAAGACUCAGCUAGUAUUAAAGUGUUGUAACAUGUUUGUCACAUAUCUAAUGUCUUACAUACAACAUAAAAGUACAAUACAAAUACAUUCCUUGUUAUAGAUGUUGACAGAUGUUAAAAUGGUAAAAUUAGCAAAUGGUACUGUGUUUUAUUUUAGAGUUAUUAAAUUUACUAUAGAUUUUAGGCAGUGCUAAAAGUAAUCAAUAAUAAAACAUAGACUAAAAUGAAUGAACAUCCUUUUAUUGUCUGCAGCCACAUAUAUCAUGCACAUGUUUUUAGCAUGUUUUUUUGUUUGUUUAGCAUGUACCCGUCAUAGUUGUAUUAAUUUUUUAAAGUAGUAGUUUUUAAAGGGCAUCUUUAGACCCUGCAAGCACAUGCCAGUUAAACAACCAGGGGGCGGUUAGUCCCCCCUUCCCUCUGUCUCUCUAUUCUGUAGAUGAGGUAAGUUUAAUUUAUACAAAGUCCAUAUUUUUAAUAAAUAAAUACAUUUUAACAGUUUAUCUAAUAACGUAUGCUUUCACUUUAAUAAAAGUAUCGCAUUUAAUUGAGUUUUAUUGAUAUACAAUAACCGAGUUUUAAUACUGAAGCU